GUGUGAGGCGCCUUGUGGGCACAAAGCUGCUCUCCUCGCUGCCCUCGUUACAUCUCCUCACUGCGCUCCCGCCUCUGCACCGCUGCCUUCAGGUUCAGAAAGCAGUCAGGAGACCAGACCCCAUAUCUACUAAGAAUCUAUACCGAAUGAUGUCUGCACAGGCAUCCAAAGACCACCCAGAGGGGCAGAAACCCCCUUUGCUAGUGGAUGACCACACUGUGACUACUGUCCGAGAGUCUAAGAUAUUGGUUCUUCUGAGGGGUCUGCCGGGAAGUGGAAAGUCCGAGCUGGCCAAGGAAGUUGAACAGAAAUACAAGGAUAGCGCUCGACUUUUUUCUGCCGACCAAUAUAACGUCAGACCCGCUGUAAGGAGUUCCAGUGGGGGGGAGUAUGCCAAACUGGACGAAGAUCUGAACUCUUGCUGUGAAAGGCAUGAAGCCAAUAUAGUCAUUCUUGAUGACACACACCAUGACCGUGAACGCUUGGAAGAAUUGUUUGAUCUUGCUAACAAAUUCCAAUUCACAGUUAUAGUGCUGGAACCUAAGACCCCUUGGAGGCUGGACUGCGCUCAGUUGAAGGAUAAGAACCACUGGAAGCUCACCCUGGAGGAACUUAAGAACCUGAGACCUACCCUGGAAAAAGAUAUCCUGCCUCUGUAUUUUGGCUGGUUCUUAGCCAAGCGUGAUGAGGACAACCUUAGAAAGACCGCUCAUGAGUUCCUGGAACAGCUGGGAAACCUCAAAGCAUUUAAGAAACGUCUACAAGCAUUUGGCCGUGAAGACAAGCACAAGUUGGACUUGCUGAAGUAUUUUGCCAAAACUCCCAACAUUUUGCACUGUACAACCAAGUUCUGCGACUAUGGAAAGAUGCCGGGGUCAGAGGAAUACGCACAGCUGGAGGCUGUAAGAAAGGGUUAUUCCAAAGCCUUCACUCUACAUAUCUCUGCAUUGUUCAUCACUCCCAGGACAGCGGGAGCCCAGGUGGAGCUGACUCAGGAACAGCUCCAUGUUUGGCCGUCAGAUGCAGAGAGGGAAGCGAUGCCCAAAGAUGUUCUUCCCCGGGGAAGCCGGGCUCAUAUUACUCUGGGCUGCGCGGCUGAUGUACAAGAUGUUCAAACGGGUAUCGACUUACUGGAGUUUGUUAAGUUGCAGCAGGCUGGGAGAGAGGGGGAGAAUAUGGGAGAGCUGUUAGGGAGCAAAAUAUCUUAUUAUGAUAAUGGCAUGUGGAUGCUGGCCUUGCCCAGAAAGAAGGAGAUCAAAACCAUUUUCUCAGGUUAUUAUGGGAAACCAGGGGUUACUGGCCCUCACCUGGGAGGCAAAAAGGGCCUGUUGCCCCAGUGCCAAAUUGUAUAACAACAAAACAAAGCAGCAAAGGAGACAGAAGCACUUACUUAACAACAAGUCCUGAUAAUUCAAGUUUAGUUUUGUUACGAUCCAGUGG